GCACAAUCAUGAAUGCUCUAAUGGGAGUUAAAUUAAUGGGAGGCGGAGUCUCUGGUUGCCAAUUGCGUGCAAUGUUACGUAUGGUUACAGCGAUGCCACAACGACAUCAGUUCUCUUCCUCCUCUGUUUCCCUCUCAUCCACGACUUCGAAUGACGACAAUGGUAAUCACAGCAUUGACAAUGAAACAACACGGAAGUCGAUUGGAAACAGCGAUACUAUUAGUUCUGCGGACAUAAAGAAAUCUGUUUUCAUUUCACAAUCGUAUGACAUUUUCACCAAUCUUGCAUUAGAAGAUUGGCUCUACCGUCACUUUGACUUUAGUCGCCAUCAUGUCCUGUUGUUGUGGGCAAAUGAUCCAUGUGUUGUUAUCGGACGUCACCAAAACCCAUUCACCGAAGCCAAUGUCUCCAAACUUGUGGACAAGGGAAUUACAUUGGCUAGACGUAAUAGUGGAGGUGGUGCCGUAUACCAUGAUAGGGGCAACUUGAAUUGUACCUUCUUCACUCCACGCGAACGUUACAACCGAAAAUACAAUUUGAAUAUUUUGACUCGUGCCCUUUUCCGUGAAUGGGCCAUAAAGGCAGAGAUAAACAAACGUGACGACAUUGUAAUCAAUGACAAAAAGAUAUCUGGUACGGCAGCUAAAUUAGGACAUCCCAAUGCUUAUCAUCACUGCACAUUGCUUGUGAGCGCAAACAAGUUACAUUUGGGCGAAUCGUUAGUAAAAGAGGAUGCAAAUUACAUUAGCAAGGCGACAGCUUCGGUCCGUUCCCCCAUUAAGAAUCUCGUAGAUGUCAAUCGCACGGUUAAUGUUCCUCAGCUAUUGUCUGCAGUGGGUUAUGAAUUUUUGCGCACUUCUGCUACUGAACUCGAAGACGGAGGCAGCACACAAACCAUGAAACAGCGUGGUUUCCAAUUGGUAAAUCCAACUGAGAAAUGGUUCCCCGGCAUCAAUGCUUUGCGUGAAGAGUUUAGCUCUUGGGAUUGGGUCCUAGGAAAAACUCCAAAAUUCAGUGUUGAAAAGGAACUGGCUUUGAAAGCCGAUAAUGAUAAGCAGCUGAAAAUGAAAUUAAUUGUCGAAGUCGACAAGGGAUUGAUGACUGACAUUGGAAUUGAAAUGCCUAGCGGAGAACGUGUUCCUGUUGUGUCCCAGUUGCAAAAUAAACCAUACAAUGAAAAAAAUUUGAAUGGAAUUAUUAGUGCCUUGAAAUUGGUGUCAACAGAUAAUGUUAAACAAGCCAUAAAUGGUUUGUGA